AUGCGUGCUUUCAUCGCCUUUCUCCUCGUGGCUGUGGCCAGUGCCAACUUGGCCCCGCUCUUGACACACAUCGAGCCUAUCCCAGGAAAGUACAUCAUUAAAUUGAAGGAUGGAAUCAACGUCGAUGAGAUCAGCGCUACUGUCCGUCUCUCAGGUGGCCGUGUCCGCAACAUCUACAGACACGCUCUCAACGGAUUCGCCGCCGAUCUCUCAGACCGAGUGCUCGAUGCUGUCCGCACUCUGGAUGCUGUAGAGUACGUAGAACAGGAAGGUGUAUACCGUGCCACAGCAGUCGAAUCCUGGGGUCUGGACCGUAUCGACCAAGCCAGUCUGCCACUCAAUGACCAAUAUAACCCAUCCGGGACCGGUUCUGGAUGGAGCGUGUACGUUAUCGAUACUGGUGUAAUGGCAUCCCACAACGAUUUUGUCGCAAGGCGUACAUCUCAACUUGUAAACUAUGCCGGUGACGGUGAAGACGAAGACUGCAACGGACACGGAACCCAUUGUGCCGGGACAGUCGGCUCCCAAACAUAUGGUGUGGCCACAGGAGUCAAUAUCUAUGGAGUCAAGGUUCUGAACUGCGCAGGUUCUGGCUCCACCGCCGGAGUCAUUGCAGGAGUCGAAUAUGUACAGGCAAACGCUCCUGGCAAUUCUGUGGCAUCUAUGUCUCUUGGAGGAGGCCCAUCAAGCUCUCUGGAUGAUGCUGUCAACAGCUUGGUCAGCUCAGGAGUUCCCUGCGCAGUGGCUGCCGGUAAUAGCGAUAUCAAUGCUUGCUUUGCUUCUCCAGCCCGUGCUACCUCGGCCACCACUGUAGGAUCAACCAACAGAUUAGACUCACGUUCCUCCUUCUCUAACUGGGGAACCUGUGUGGACAUCUUUGCCCCAGGUACAUCCAUUACCUCCACGUGGAUCGGUAGUGAUAGUGCUACCAACACCAUCAGUGGGACCUCCAUGGCCUGCCCCCACGUCGCUGGUGCCCUCGCCCUCUACGGCAAAAGCACUGACGGUGAUUUGAUUGCCGCUGGUACACAGAACGCCCUCAGCGACGUCGGAACUGGGUCUCCAAACAUUCUCCUUCGCGUAUAGGUGAUGAAACCGACCGAUCCUGAAACCUACACAACGAGGAUCUAACAGAAAACGUGAACCGUAGAACGAAAAAAAAAAUCGUGACAAUAUUAAUUAAUUAGGUUAGUUUUUAAGUGUCUAAGGCAGUUUUUGACCAGUCGCUUCAACAUCACACACUUGGAAAUGAAUUUCAGAACAAUGACUCACAAUAAAAAUUUGUAUAAUUUCAAUGAAUUUCAUUUAAUGGGACAUAAUCCUAACUGGUAGUGUUGUAUUCUUAUAAGACACAUUAGACACGAGAUCUUUUAAUGUUUCAAUAAAUUUCAAUCAAAAGCAUUA